GCCGCCGCCCAACCGCCCGCCGCUCCGGAGCGCAGCCCACCAGCCGGCCGAGGCCGCGUCGCGGGGGGACUGCUGCUGGGCCGUCAGAGCGGCGGCAGGAAAUGACCUAGAGGCCUUAGAAUACAUUUCUGCAUCUUAUAUACUCUACAAUCAAGAAAAAUGAACCCCGAAAGCACCACUUAGUAAUAUUAAAAGGAAACUACCUCAGCACCGAGAAGGAAAAGUGGAAAGGCUUGCAAUAAAAGGAAAAGAAAACAUAAGUUAUGAAUAAUGUGUAGUAGCGAAGACUCUAGAAAACAAAUUUGCUUUUUUUCUCAGUAUUAAGAUGGGAUUUGACUGACAGGCUCUGUCAAACCAGGAAGUUACUUUGUCUGCUGAUGUUAAGGCUCAGUGGCUCUUCAAAAACAGUCAUAGUCUGCAUUAAUGAUCACUGUUGAGCAGUGAUUUUGCUCUUCCUCUCCUAAUACUUACUGAAGAAAUUUAUAACUAUGGUACAACUUUUUAAAUGUGAGUUUUCUUCAGUUUAAAACAAUGUUAACAUCAGGUGUCAGAAAUGCAUUGACAGGAAAACUCCAGCAGAUGGCUUUUUUGUCCUGUGUGUUGCAGUUAUUUCCUGGGUGCCCACUGUAGAAUGCUAAGGAGGAAUUAGUAUUUUUAGUUACCACCGCUUGCUUUUACGAUUAUAAUUUGUAAUUGCAGCAGUGCUGCAUUUGAACAGUGAAUUGUACAAGUCAGCAAAACUGCUGCCAUUCUCACUACUGACACCUAUUACCUAGGUUUUUUUUUCAAAUGCUUCCCAUGAAAAUUAUGUGCAUACCCCUCUACUACUGCUACACGUAGAUGGAUUUCCGAGUGAGCAGCUCAUGAGAACAAAUUAAUUCAAAAAACCCUUGGCCAAGUACUUCCUUAUGUAUUGCUGCAGUGCACAAGAAAGUAAAAUGGACUACAAGCGGCGCUUUUUGCUUGGCGGGUCCAAGCAAAAAGGGCAGCAACACCAGCAGUAUCAAGUGCCAGAACUAGGCAAGACUCUGGGUGCCUCCUUAGCAUCUUCAGCUCCAACAUCUCCUCUCGUUUCCCUGGCUGCUGCUGGCAGCUGCAGUCAUGCGACUCCAAUCGCAGACCUCCAGCAGGGAAUCUCCAAAUACCUAGAUGCACUCAAUGUAUUUUGCCGUGCAAGCACUUUCCUCACAGACCUUUUCAGCAGUGUAUUCCGGAACUCGCACUAUUCUAAGGCAGCUAUGCAACUGAAGGACGUGCAGGAACAUGUCAUGGAAGCAGCAAGUCGACUCACAGCAGCAAUAAAACCAGAAAUCGCAAAAAUGCUCAUGGAACUUAGUGCUGGAGCAGCCAACUUUAAAGAUCAGAAUGAGUUCAGCCUACAGGACAUUGAGGUACUUGGACGCUGCUUUUUGACCGUGAUGCAGGUUCAUUUUCAGUUUCUAUCCCAGGCUUUGCAGAAAGUCCAGCCAGUGGCUCAGUCAUGCUUCACUGAGGCUGCAGCCCAGGAAAGAAAAAAUUCUAGCAUGAGUGAGACAUCCAGCGCAAGCCCCACGACUGAACUAGAUGAAGCAGUGCGGUCAUGGAAGGGAGCAACAGAGGCCACUUCACGGCUUCGAGAGAAAGAGCGGGGUCGUGAUGGCUGUUUGGCUGGCAUCGAAGUCCAGCAGCUCUUCUGCUCCCAGAAUGUGGCAAUCCCAGAGCACCAGCUGAAAGAAUUGAACUUGAAAACAGACAGUGCUUUGCAGGCGUAUAAGAUUGCUUUGGAAAGUUUGGGUCACUGUGAAUAUGCAAUGAAGGCGGGUUUCCACUUGAAUCCAAAGGCAAUUGAAGCAAGCUUGCAGGGCUGUUGCAGUGAGGCUGAAGCCCAGCAGACUGGACGGAGACAGACUCCCUCUCAGCCGAUUCAGUGUGAGCUGCCAACAGUUCCCAUCCAGAUAGGGGCCCACUUUCUGAAGGGCAUAUCCUUCAAUGAAUCUGCAGCAGAUAACUUAAAGCUGAAAACGCACACUAUGAUACAACUAAUUAAAGAAGCUGGUUACCAUAAUGGAAUGACCCCAAGAGAUGACUCUCCUGUGACAGAAGUCCUGAACCAAGUUUGCCCUUCUACAUGGCGGGGAGCGUGUAAGACUGCUGUACAAUUGUUGUUUGGACAAGCUGGGCUGGUGGUUGUAGAUACAGCACAGAUUGAAAACAAAGAAGCCUAUGCACCACAAAUCAGUUUAGAAGGCUCCAGAAUUGUGGUUCAAGUCCCAUCAACUUGGUGCCUGAAGGAAGACCCUGCAACCAUGUCUCUGCUGCAGAGAAGCCUGGAUCCGGAGAAAACAUUAGGACUGGUAGAUGUACUUUAUACUGCAGUGUUUGACCUAAAUCGCUGGAAAGAAGGAAGGGAGCAAGCAUUGCCCUAUAUUCAGAUCCAGCUCCAACGUGAGAUCUCUGACUUUGGGGGUCACACUGACUUACCAUCUGGAAAUGGCGGUAAAGCAACAGGUGGUUUGCAGAAGACUUUCUCAAAGCUGACAUCGCGAUUUACCAAAAAAACUUCUUGUACAAGUUCAAACAACAGUGGAAGUUACUCCAUCCCUAAUAUACCUUCUAAAACCCUUUUUAUAGCUAACAACUCAGAGGAGAAAGCAAAACUACCAAGCAACAUGGAUGCUCGACUGCAAAGCAUUUUGAACCUUGGCAACUUUCCGAGGGCUCUUGAGCCUGCCCAGCUGAUGCAGAGCUCAAACCAUCAUGGAGUCAAUGGGCUCCUUGAAAGGCAGGAGGGGGGCAUAAUAGAAGAUGGUAAGGAUGCCAAAGGCAUGAAUUUACCAACUGACCAGGAAAUGCAGGAGGUCAUUGAUUUCCUUUCGGGUUUCAACAUGGGCAAGUCCCAACAGACUUCUCCGUUGAUGAGAAGAAGGACCUCGGUUGCCUCCUCUUCUGCUGCAGCAGAACAGAAACCAGCUGCUGUGCAGCUGCCGCCACCACAGUCUUCAUCUCACACCCCACUACACCAUCUCCAGCCAAGGCUGCCCCAGCAGCCCCAUGCCCAGAAACCCCAGCAGCAGCAGCAGCAGCACUAUCAGCCCUUGCGCCAGCCCAUCGGGACACAGCAGCGCCCGCCCAGUAAGUGGCCGGCUGGUUCCAGUCAGCCAUCAGGCCAGACAGUUGGGCCCGGGCUGUCCCCUCUGCCUCAGUGGAGCAGCCAUGCCUUUUCUGAUCUGAGCUCUGACUUAUACAGCCUGGGCCUUGUGAACAGCUACAUGGAUACCAUGAUGUCAGAGAUGCUGGGGCAGAAACCUCAAGGGCCUAGAAACAACACGUGGCCAAAUCGUGACCAAAGUGAUGGAAUCUUUGGGGUGCUGGGAGAAUUUCUGCCUUUUGACCCUGCAGUUGGCUCAGAUCCAGAGUUUGCCCGCUAUGUGGCCGGAGUCAGCCAGGCCAUGCAGCAGAAAAGGCAGGCACAGCACUUCCGCCGCCCCAGCAAUGCACGUGGCAACUGGUCUCAUCCUGACGACCUCCACAGGACCUGGCCCUUCCCAGAUUAUUUCACAGAUGGGGAGAUGGCCAGUAGCUGGUCAGGGACGCAAGGGGACUCUGCAAGCUCCAGCGAUGAGACCUCCUCAGCCAAUGGAGACAGCUUGUUUUCCAUGUUCUCAGGGCCUGACAUUGUGGCUGCUGUCAAACAAAGGAGGAAACACAGCAGUGGGGAACAAGACACAAGCACACUUCCUUCACCACCACUCCUUUCCACAGUGGAUGAUCACAACCAGGACAAUAAAACCAAAACUUGGCCCCCGAAGGCUCCUUGGCAGCACACGCAGCCAGGCCAGAAUAUGUCUUUGUAUCAGCUAAGCAGCCCUGCCAGCCACUGGAGCGACACCAUGCAGAUUCUGCCGUCUCCCGUUUGGUCAGCUGCCAGCGACUGCGCUCCGUCAACAGGGAUGGCCUCCCCUUUUGCCUACGCGCAGCAACCACAGCAGUCGCCACCGCUGCCCCUGUCUCAGCACAAGCAGGUGAACAAGGGCUUUAAACCUUUUCCAGGCAAGCACGAACGCAGGCCAUCCUACAUGCAUCAGUACUGACGUUCCUUCUCCUCCUCCUCCUCCUCCUCCUCACGAGGGAGGGAGGCCGCAGGGGACCAAAGUCUCCGGUAUGGUGCAUGCUUGCUUUCCCAGCUGUGCGGUGGGGGCUGUCUGCUGGGUGUUCAGGGGGCGACCAUUUCUGGUGGCGAUCCUCUCGUUCUUUACACCCGAUGUCUACGCAACAGCCCUAAACUGUGACCCUCUCAAAGCAUAUGGACUCCCCUGUUAAAAAACGGUGACACUCUUACCACAGAAAACACUGUAUUUUAUAGCUAUUUUUUCAUAUAGAUUUAUAGUUACCAUUUCUUGCUAAAACAGAUUUGAGUAUUUUUAAGCCAAUUUAGCAGUUUUGCUCAACACUCAUUUUCUUCAGAUUUCUAAUUGACAAAAUUAUAAAGUCUUCGCUCUGACUUUAGCAGGCUGUGAUAGCUUUUUUAAUGCAGUAGUUGUUAGUGCCGCACAAACUCUUUGAAACAGGAGUGGGGCAAAACAACAACAACAGCAAAACAACAACAACUGAAAAUCUGAUUCUUUCCGGUUAUUUGGUCUGUGCAAAACAACUGGAACCGCUCUGGUUCUGUGAAAAGUCAUCUGGCCAAUCAGCGAGCACAGUUCACCUCCCAAAGUCUUUUGGUGGGUGCUGUUUGCGACACUACACUUGAUACUUUUGCAUUUGGCCAAAGGCAUUAUCCAUGCAGUGCUCCUUAAAUGUUUGAAAGGAUAGUUAAGACUACUUGCAAAUGUAAGUCUUAUUCCAAUGCUAGACUUAGUGUGUAAAAACAUGAGCUGGCUCAGAAGAGAGAGAACUUAAAACACUAUUUUUCGUAGUGCUAAGGAUUCAAAUAAACUACUUUCAGUCAAUAUGUGCCAUUACAUAAAUGAACCUGUGGAAUUAGAGAUAUCUUCCAACCAAAGUGGAUCUGGGGAAUGACUGGUGCUUCAAUUGGAAAAAAAGGUAAAUAUGUAUAGCGAUCCCAUUGUAUAUUAAUUGAAGUGAGAGAAGUCUUUAUAAAAACCUAUUUAAAUUUUCAUAUUUCAUCUUUGAAAGAGUAAUUAUAAAUCACAAUAUUUUCUGGUAUAAAGGUUUUUGACAGUAUUAAUAUUAUUUUUAUAUUUUCUUAAUUCAUAUCAUUCUAAUACAUUGACAAGUAAAAUGGGUUAUUAGUUAUAAAUACAUAUAGUUUUUGAUGAAGAUAAAAGCACAUUUAAGUUCCCAUUUUCUACAAACUUACAUGUGUAUAUUAAAGAUACCAAAUUAUAUAUAAAUAUAUAUAAAUACAAUGAAAAACACUAAAUGUUGGGGUGGAUAGUGUUAAGGCCCAUCCACCUUCUGCUUGUGUGCCGACUGGCCAUCUUGGCGGGCCUAAAAUGUUACUCUUUGUGCUGGUUAAGGAUGCCAAUGUUGCCUGUAUUUAUGAUAUUGUCACCUUGUCUCCUGAAAUCUCAUCCUUACCAUGUUUACAGAAUUGUUUGCUGUGCAUAACUUUACAGUCAUGUGCUUUGCACAAUCAGUGUGGCUUUUGUCUGUACAUUGUUAAUGUUCUGUACUUUCUGCUAAAAUGUUGGUGAAUUUAAAAAGUGGUUUUGAGUCUCCUCAAGUAUACCAUUGAAAACUUGCAUUGGACCUUAAAAUUGAUUGCAGUUGUAUGCCACAAGGCUUUAAGUCAAAGUACAGAUAUAUGUUGUGUUGAAAUUCCCUAUAGAGCAUUUAAGCUGCUGUUGCGGUUGAGUGACAAAUGCAUCCAUUGGCAAUUUCUAAAAUUGAACUUAAAUAGUAGAAA